UAUGUUGAGCCCGAAAAGUUAGAUGUUAAUAUAUCUAAAACUACAAACCUAGAUGUUUUUGCAAGCAUUGAUACAAAAGAAGUUGAAGCAUUAAAAUUGUUGAACCUCAGAGCUAGUAUUCUCCCUUUAAGGUCAACAACUCCUAUCAGAAAUAAACCACUAGUUUUUUCGAUGCAAGUAGUCUGA